AUGUUCCAACUAAAUGCAUUUUGUUUGCAGGGGCAAAGCUCAAAUUCAUCAUGGAUACCUCGCAGGGGUUUUCAGUUCAGCGGGAGGCGCAACUGGACUGCAGCUAAAGACCUGCAGAGAUACAGACACAACUACCCAGGUUUGAUAGAAUCAGAAAAUGAGGAGGAAGAAGAGAUGUGGAACUUAAGCUUUUAUAAAAAUGAGAUUUCUUUUAAGCCCCAGGGUUUGCCAAUUGAGAAUCUGCUUAUUACUUGGUGGGGCAACUAUGAAAUUCUGGAGGAAAACCAUUCCUACAUACAGUGGCUGUUCCCGUUACGUGAGCAUGGGAUGAACUGGCAUGCCAAGCCACUCACCUACCAAGAAAUCCAGGCCUUUAAGAAUUCCCAGGAGGUUAUGGAAAGGUUUAUACGUGCUUAUAAGCUCAUGCUGGGAUUUUAUGGAAUCACUCUGGUCAAUGAAGAAACUGGAGAGCUUAAGAGAGCACAGAAUUGGAUUGAACGAUUUGAAAACUUGAACAGGUUCAGCCACAACAAUUUGCGGAUUACUCGCAUCCUGAAGUGCCUGGGGGAGAUGGGAUAUGAACACUAUCAAGUGCACUUGGUAAAGUUUUUCCUGACAGAAACUCUUGUUGAGGAGACAUUACCAAGUGUCAAGAGAAGUGCCUUGGAUUACUUCCUGUUUACUGUCAGAAACAAACAGAAGAGGAGAGAACUAGUCCACUAUGCUUGGCAACACUUCAAACCUUGCGGCAGCUUCGUGUGGGGGCCACAUGACAAACUCCUGAAGUACAGACCCCGUUCUGCCAAGCCACAGCUGCACCAAAAGGCUACAGAUAGACAGGAAACUGGUAAAAAAUGUGAUGAUCCUGUGGGAAAGGAUCAGGACCAGUCGCCAGAGGUUGAACAGAAAGCUGGAGAUGCUGCGAACUCGCAGCCUGAAGCGAGUGAUGAAGAUGUAAAAGAGAAGAUAAGCAAAUGUGUUUUGAAGGGAGGAGAUGAUGAAGAGGAGAAGGAUUUAAGCAGUGAGGCUGAAGAAGUGCAGGGUACAGCCGAGAGUGACUGCACAAAGGAGAGCAAGAAGAGAAAACUAGAUGCAAAUGUGGCAGAUGCUAAAAAGGGUGGAGCAUUGAAAAGCUCUGCUGAUAUUGAACACAUUUCCCAUAAUCUGGGAGAAUGUGCAAUUGAUGCAGAAAUCCCCUCCUCAGGCCCACUCUUAGAAGCAGAAGAGGAUCAGGAAGCACUGGAAGAAGAUGAUGCAGGCACCAAAGACUCAGCAAUGCCAGAGGCCACUGAUGCAGCUGUGAAACGGAGGAAAGUUGACAAAAAAACAUUGAGAAGUAAAACAUGCAAUUUGGCCAUAAACCUGGACACAGGGCCGUCAGCCUCUAGUGCCAAGGCAAAUCCAUCUGCUUCAAAUGCUGAGGCUGAAAAAGAAUAUGUGAGUGAGAAAAGUGCAGCUGUGGAAGUGCCAAGUGAGAAGGGUGGUGGUGGUGGUGAUGCACAUAGUGAGGCUGUGAGACCCCCAGCUGGUUCCAGACUCCCCAGGACUGGCUGGACUUCUCCAAGUGAUGGCUGUGAGUCUUGUGGAGAUCAAGCCACAGCAAGGAGUGAUCAGCAUCACUGCAACAGCACAGUCCUGGGAGGCAAAAGUGAGGUAGAUGAGGUAGAACAGCAGAAAAAGGCAGAAAAUGCAGACCUAAAAGGGCAAGCAGAAGUCACAGACAAGAAAGAAGCUCCAGAGAAUCUUGAGCAGAGCAUAAAACCAACUUGUCCUGAAGAAGAUAGUGAUGAGGUUGCAACAGAAAAAGCUGAAAGCUCUGAGCAUGCAGCAGAGCCUGAUGGAGAGCAGGUAGCAGCAGAGUGA